AUGGUGUACAAUUCGUUAACCGAGGCUCCUCACAACCUCAAGGAGGGGGUUGACUGGUUGAUGGCCCUGAAGGGAAAGGAUGCUGACAAAAACUUGGCUGCUAUGGGCGAGGCACUUUACAAAUUCCUCGCAGACAAGCCCGUUGGCAAGGAGGAGUUGCCAGCUCUGGAAAAGGUAAAGAGUAUUUCUAAGGGGUUCCUGGAGCAACCGGCACUUAAUUAUAUAUGGCCCGCCAACGAGCUGUUGAGGAGAUUCAAUAAACCUCUGAGUAAGAAGCAUCCUGGCUUUUUCCCUAGAUUUUUUGGAGUUAUAUUCGAAAGCGACUAUGAGAACGUCAUUCAGACCAGGGGGCUCACCGCUAAAACAAUUGCAGAGAAAUUAAGUAAAGCUGUGGCUGGUUGUGAAAAGUUCUUGGACAACGUCAAAAUCCCUGACCAGUAUGCGUCUGCUUACAGUUCGGAAGCGACGUGGGAUGCGUCAUGCGCGGAAGACCCGGAGGCUUGUGCGGUGAUUUUCGUGGGGAUUGCGCCAAUGUUGUACGCAGGUCUACGUUCUUUGCGGGAAGCGAGCAAUGCUCAAAGCUAUUGUCACGAUUCAAUAUGCCUGACACCGAUUAGUUUGAGAGAUGUGGUGAAAGCUGUGGGUUACAAAGACCCAGGGUGCCGUGCUAGCAUGACCGCUUCAUAUAUCCUUAAGGCGUUGAAAGGCGUAAAAUUCCAAAACUUGGUCACAAUCUACGACCUCUGUGGAUUCUGGGCUUUCUAUUGA